AUGGUAAUGCUGUCCAAAACGAGCAACAACAGCAAGGAUGACAGUGGCAAGACGCGGCCGCCCUCCCAUCACGACGACAGCGACCGCGGCGGGACCGGCUCGUCGACCGAGAAGCCGUCGGUGUCGAAUCACAUCCCCGCCCCUCCGCCGCCGCCGCGUGAUGUGCUGGUGGGCCCGAUUCUGUUCUCUGUCAUGGCCGCCAUCAGCCUCGUCUUCACCGUCGUCUCCAUUGGCGUUCCGUGGUACAGCAAGAUGCAGUACAAGCCGGACGGCCUCCACAAUCACCAGUACUUCUUCUACCUCUUCAAGCACGUGACAAAAAUUGAAGGCGCGCGGGAUGUGGUCGCCCACCCCAGCUCCCUGUGUGAACCGGUGAAGCGCCGCGUGCGGGUAAUGGAGGCGUUUGCGAUCGUCUCCGCCGCGAUGACGUUCCUCACGUUUGUCCUUAGCGUGUUGAAUGCGGUGAAGGAGCAUACGAAGCCGAAGGUGGCGCUGCGCAACGCGAUGCUGGUCAUCACGGCCUGCGCCAUGGGCAGUCUCACAAUUCAGGUGAGCUUCAACUUCAACGUGUAUCUGUGGAGCUUCCACGACUGCGGCCCGGCCUCCAGCUACCACUCCCAGCUGUACGAGCCAACCACCGGCUUCGGCCUCACCGUCACGGCGUGGGUCCUCACCGGUCUUGGUGGCAUCAUCGCGGCGAACCACCUUACACUCCCCCUCGAUGCACGCACCGUAGACAACAGUAUCCACGGUUUCACCCUGCUCUCCCUCGCCGCCUUCCUCUUCUCGGUCGUCUCGUGCCCCAUCUCGCACUGGUUCUACAAGGACGGCAACACGAUGACGGUGACGGAUGUCCUGCUCUGGCGCGAGCGCGUAGGCAACUUCAACUGGAACAUGACGCACCCCGGCGGCAACUACUCCAUCUUCGUCAAGGACUUCGACUGCCCACCGGUGCAGCGCUACUUCCGCGCGGCGGAGGCCUUCAGCGUCAUAUCCAUCUUCUUCUCCAUGUGCGCCGGUGUCACGGGACUGCUGCUGUGGAAGUCCCUGGCUGGGUCGCGGCUGCCGGCGCUCCUCUUCAGCUACGCCUCUGUGGUGGUGAUGGUGGUGCAGCUCGCGCUGGAGCUGAAGAUCUACUACGGCAAGUGGUGCAAUGAGAAGUACGCCUUCCACAAACAAUACUACGUCCUCACCGCAGGGUUUGGUCUUAUGGCGACGUCCUUCUGCACGAUGGUCGUGUCCAGCGUGUACAUCACCGUGGCGUAUUACCUGACAGAAAAGUACUUCCCCGCGAUGAUUCCGCGCAAGACGGCGAAGCAGAUCGCCGUUGAGGAGUGCAACUAG